AUGGGCAAGCCGCCGAAUCUUUACGCUUUCCCCGACGACAACGAGCUUGCCAAGAGCUUGCGCGUCUAUGUCUUUGACGCUCAGAGCAGCGCAUUGGAGCGCCACGGCGUCUUCCGCGUCGCCGUCUCCGGCGGCUCGUUGCCCAAGCUCCUGGCGAAAGCUCUGCUGUCCCCGGGCGAGGGCAGGUUCGACUUCUCGAAAUGGGAGAUUUUCUUCGCCGACGAGCGCGCCGUGCCGCUCGACCACGCCGACAGCAACUACGGCCUGUUGAAGGCCGAGCUGCUUGACAAGAUCCCCGCGGAAGUGGGCAAGCCCACCGUCUUCCCCAUCGACACCCAGUACCUCAACGACGUCCAGGAGCUAGCGGACCAGUACGAGCAGACGCUCGUCAAGGCCUUUGCCGCGCGCGACAGCGUCAAGAUCCCCAUGUUCGACCUCAUCCUCCUCGGGUGCGGCCCCGACGGCCACACCUGCAGCCUCUUCCCCGGCCACCCUCUGCUCCGCGAGACCGACGCGUGGGUCGCGCCCAUCGAAGACUCGCCGAAGCCUCCGGCCAAGCGCAUCACCCUGUCCCUCCCCGUUGCCGCGCACGGCAUCAAGAUCGGAUUCGUCGGUACCGGCGCGGGCAAGAGCGAGAUUCUGCGGAAGAUUUUCGACACGGAGGAGGGCCACGCUCUGCCCUGCGGUCUUGUGAACACAAUGGCCCAGGAAAGGGUUACGUGGUUCACUGACUAUCCGGCGGUGGAGGGCGUGCAGUUCCCGGUCAGGAGAAGCAGUCUGUAA